AUGAUGUCCAAAUCACCUGGUCCUGAAAUGGGAAAGAGCGCGCGGACUGCGGACGUCACCAUGUCGCGACCCCAAAAAGCAGAGAAAAGAGAUGCUUUCACAGAACUCCUCUCCCCUAAGAAUAAGCAACAGAAGUCCAAGACCCCACACACAUGGUACGAUUACAUGCAGAGCGAGAAACGAGCCCCCGGAGGCCCACGAGAUGCACUAGGCGCAUAUAUCAAAGACCCUGAAUCCUUCUCCUCGAACGUCGUCAUAUACCAUAAUGAGAACUUUGUGGCGAUCCAUGAUCGAUACCCCAAAUCGACGCUCCAUCUUCUCCUUCUCCCGCGCGAUCUCUCCAAAACCCGUCUCCACCCGUUCGAUGCCUUUGACAAUCCCGAAUUCCUAGAAAAAGUCCGGAUGGAGGUGAAGAAAAUCCGUGCUCUAGCCGCGACUGAGCUAAGGAGGAUGUACGGGAAGGAGUCUGCGCAGGAGAAGAGGAGAUAUGAUGCGCUUGACGCAGAUCCUCCGCCGGACGAGUUGCCAUCGGGAAGGGAUUGGGAGAAGGAGAUUAUGUGCGGUAUACAUUCGGGUCCGUCGAUGAACCAUUUGCAUAUCCAUGUUAUGUCCGUGGAUCGGUAUAGCGAGCGGAUGAAGAGUAAGAAGCAUUAUAAUAGCUUCUCUACGCCGUUUUUCGUUGAUAUUGCUGAUUUUCCUCUGCCGAAAAACGAUCCAAGGAGGCAUUUUAGGAAACUAGGUUACCUACAAUCGGACUAUAUUUGCUGGCGCUGUGGAAGGAACUUUGGCAACAAGUUUGCUGAAUUGAAGGGGCAUUUGGAGAAAGAAUUCAACGAAUGGAAACGACAAUGA